AUGGCACGAGCAUCUUUAUCUUACUUAUGUUUGCUGCUUUUGAACUUUCAGCUGGGCUAUGGAGCCCCAGCUCCCGCCUCGGGCCCAGUGUUCCUGUCCGGCCGGGCAGCCGACAGCGUCCUGAAGAGACACAAACGCUACAACAGCGGCGUGUUUGAGGAGCUGCUGGAAGGCAACUUGGAGAGAGAGUGUCUGGAGGAGGCAUGUGUCCUGGAAGAGGCCCGGGAGUACUUUGAAGAUGAUCAAAAGACAAUGGAGUUCUGGGUGGGAUACAUAGACGGCGAUCAAUGUAAAUCCAGCCCAUGUCUGAACCAAGGGACAUGCAAGGACCACCUCGGAUUCUACACCUGCAACUGUACGUCUGGCUUCACUGGCCGUAGCUGUGAGAUCGUUAUAACAAAAAGGUGUGAUGUGAACAAUGGGGACUGUAUGCACUUCUGUGAAUCGAUGGCAACCGUUGGAGCAAAAUGCUCCUGUGCGAGAGGAUACGUGCUGCUGCAGGACGGCCUUAACUGUGAACCAGAAACUGAAUUUCCAUGUGGCAGAACUGCCCUGAAAGAGGGAAGUGCAGUGUCCACAAGGUCUCUGUUGGGCCGUGGGAAUUCAAUCCUGCAGAACACUUUACUGACCAGUAUCAACACUACAACAUCCCCUCACUCAACCCCAGCCAGCACACCGGUGCCUUUUCCUGCUACAAAUUACUCUGUAGAAAACCAAUCUCGAAAGAAAUUGCCCUGGUGGGUCCUCCGUGAUGCCGAGGUCCCAACUGAGGAGCCGGCGAGGCCUUUUAAACGCAUUGUAGGUGGUGAGGUGGUGACCCCAGGAGAGAUCCCAUGGCAGGUAGCCUUGAUGGAGCGGCACAGUGGUGGGUUAUUUUGUGGCGGCUCCAUUCUCAGCGAACGGUGGGUUGUCACUGCUGCUCAUUGCCUGGGAGCAGAUUCCUUCUUCAUCAGAGUAGGGGAGCAUGACAUCAAAAUAAACGAGGGCACAGAGCAGGACUAUGACGUGUUGGAGCAACACGUGCACCCUCGCUACAGUGCCAGUGAGAGCUCGCACAACCACGACAUCGCCUUGCUCUACCUCAAAAGCCCCAUCCUCUUCUCCACUCAAGUCCGACCCGUGUGCAUCGGGCCCAUGGCUUUCAUUGAGGCACUAGUGAAGGAGUCUUCCCCGGCCACGGUCAGCGGCUGGGGCAGAACACGCUACCUCGGAUCCCCAGCUGAGACUUUGCAGAAAGUCACGGUUCCCUUCACAGAUCGGACGGAGUGCAAGCGGAGCAGCAGUACCAGGAUCACUCCAGUCAUGUUCUGUGCAGGAUACUAUGACGAGGCCAAAGAUUCCUGUCAGGGGGACAGUGGCGGUCCUCACACAAACAGUAUUCAUGACACGUGGUUCCUCACAGGCAUUGUGAGCUGGGGGGAAGAAUGUGCAAAGCAAGGGAAGUAUGGCGUGUACACCCGGCUGUCCCUUUAUUAUCGCUGGAUAAACCAUGUGAUGGGAUUAACUAAACAGAGGCUGGCAUUGGAUGUUGAAGACCCUGACCCUGAAUAA